AUGCCUAAGUUGUGUGAAAAAAUUAAUCAAUUCUUAAGAUAACAUGUUGUGGAGAAAUAUCUUCCAUUAACAUCUCUUGUCUGGAGUACUAAAAUCACUCCAAUAUCAAAUUAAAGCCUGGUUAUGGAUAAUUCAACAAUCUAUAUCAAAGUGCACCAACAUUAUUUAAGGGAAAUGGCCAGAUAAUAAAUAAUUAACAGAUAAAAUUAAGAAAUUACCUAAGUUUAAGAAGGAGGACUCACAGAUUUUAUUUAAAAGAAUAAUCAAUAACGAAUAAUUGUCAUCCCACAAUUUGAAAGGGAAUUAAGUGAAUCAAAUUGCACCACUUAAAUACACGCAUUACAGCUGAUAAAUUAAAAGGAAUUAGAAACUACUUACUUUAGCCUAGAGGACAUUGAAACAACAUAUAGUUCCUAUCCAGAGGAAUUAAAUUACAGUUUCAUUGAUGAAAGUAUAAUCUAAACACAAUGAAUGAUUAACAUUAAAUAAUGAUAAAACAUAAUUCUUUUUAUUAAAAUUA